AUGCUGGCGCUGGGGCAGAUGGACGGCGCGCCCCGGCAGGGCGCCUUCCUGCUGGGCAGCCCGCCGCUGGCCGCCCUGCACAGCAUGGCCGAGAUGAAGGCACCGCUGUACCCCGCGUACCCCCUGCCCGCCGGGCCCGCCUCCUCCUCCUCCGCCUCCGCCUCGCCCGCCUCCGCCUCGCCCUCGCCGCCGCUCGGCUCCCCGGGCCUCAAGGCGCCCGCCGCCUCCGCCGCCGCCGCGGGCGGGCUCUCGGCGCUGGGCACGGCCCCGCCGCAGCUCUCGGCCGCCACCCCGCACGGCAUCAACGACAUCCUCAGCCGGCCCUCCAUGCCCCUGCCGGGCGCCGCGCUCGCCUCCGCCUCGCCCUCCGCUUCCUCGGCGGCGCCCGCCGGGCUGCUGGCCGGGCUGCCCCGCUUCGGCAGCCUCAGCCCUCCGCCGCCGCCACCGCCCGCCCUCUACUUCAGCCCUGGCGCCGCCGCCGCCGCGGCCGCCGUGGCCGCCGGGCGCUACCCCAAGCCGCUGGCCGAGCUGCCCGGCCGGACGCCCAUCUUCUGGCCGGGGGUGAUGCAGAGCCCGCCGUGGAGGGACGCCCGCCUCGCCUGCGCCCCCCAUCAAGGCUCAAUUUUGCUGGAUAAGGACGGGAAGAGAAAACAUACAAGACCCACUUUUUCUGGCCAGCAGAUUUUCGCUCUGGAAAAGACUUUUGAACAGACGAAAUACCUGGCGGGCCCGGAGCGAGCCCGGCUGGCGUAUUCCCUGGGGAUGACGGAGAGCCAAGUAAAGGUCUGGUUCCAGAACCGACGGACCAAGUGGCGGAAGAAGCACGCGGCGGAGAUGGCGACGGCAAAGAAGAAGCAGGACUCGGAGACGGAGCGGCUGAAGGGCGCCUCGGAGAACGAGGAGGAGGACGAUGACUACAACAAGCCCCUGGACCCCAAUUCGGACGAUGAGAAGAUCACGCAGCUCCUGAAGAAACACAAGCCGGGGGGCGGCGGGCUGCUGCUGCAUCCCUCGGAGGGGGAGGCCUCCGUCUAGCCUGCUUCGCCCUCCGCCGCGUUCGGAGAUGUACAGAUCUAUUUUUCUAGACUCUACGCGCCCGGAGGAGGAGCAGACGCCGGAGGGAGCGCAGAGAGGACUGCGGGCCCCGGCGGGCG